UUUCUCCCUCGGACCUCGGUCCCUCCACGAACGCCACGCCGGGAGUCUCCCACGCAGUCCACCCCGCGUCGUCUGGCCUCGCGAUGGCCGCCGCCGACUACGGCCGCGCGUACCUCCCCUACGCGGCCGCCGCCCCCGCCGGCGAGUACGAUCGCCCCUGCCGCAACGAGGUCGUGCCCUACGGCGAUCGCCGCCUCGACACCGUCGUCAAGCCGCCAGCCGGGUCGCCGGCGCCGCCGCUGCCGGUAUCCACCAGGAGCGGCGGGAGAGGGGUGGGGUCAGCGUGGUGUUUCAGCGACCCGGAGAUGAGGAGGCGGCGGCGGGUGGCGAGCUACAAGGCCUACUCGGUGGAGGGCAAGGUCAAGGCAUCGUUCCGCAGGGGGUUCCGCUGGAUCAAGGCCAAGUGCUCCGAGCUCAUCCAUGGCUGAACCUGGGAUAUCGGUGAAAUUCUGUUCCGUUGUCAUGGUGGAAAUUGCAGCUACAAUGCGUGAGGGGUGGUCGCUGGGUGUAUUUCGCUCCCAAAAUGUGGAAGAGAAAUUGUAUGAUUGUUGGCCCCUGGUUAUAGGAAAAGAACUCGAUGGAGCUCUGCUCAGGUCACUUGUCGCUGCCUGCUAAGUGCUAACUACCCCUAAUUUUGUUCGAAAACAUUUGAAGAAUUGAAUCUCGGAAAAGGAAAUUUCUUCGC